CAUGAGCACAACGGCUGCCAGUCUCAUAGAGGCGGCUUUAAACGCAAGCAGCGGCGGUGCUGCUGGCAACGCAAGCACUGCAACCACACUGAAAUCCAGCAGCAAUUACGUAGUCCAAAUGAAGGAGGAGGUGAGUGCGCCGUUGGAUCAGCUCAGUCAUAUGGGCGAUGGCAUAUUUUUGCAAACAAAAACCGCCCAAGUGCUGGCGGGGGUUUGUGUUUGGGCCGCACUUUUCGUCACAUGCCAACAGAUCUAUCAGCAUCUGCGCUGGUAUACGAAUCCGCAGGAGCAGCGCUGGAUUGUACGCAUACUCUUUAUUGUGCCCAUUUAUGCGACAUAUUCGUGGAUAAGUCUGUUGUUCUUCAACUCGGACAAUGUCUAUAUUUAUUUCUUUACGGUGCGCGAUUGCUACGAGGCCUUCGUCAUUUAUAACUUUUUGUCGCUGUGCUAUGAAUAUCUGGGCGGUGAGGGCAACAUUAUGUCCGAGAUUCGUGGCAAGCCCAUCAAGACGUCCUGCCUUUACGGAACAUGCUGUCUAAAGGGCAAGACAUACACCAUUGGCUUUCUGCGAUUCUGCAAGCAGGCAACGCUACAGUUCUGUCUCGUCAAGCCUCUUGUGGCUUUUAUCAUCAUUUUUCUGCAGGCGUUCGGACACUAUCACGACGGCGAUUGGAGCGCCGAUGGUGGCUAUAUCUACAUCACAAUUAUCUACAACAUUUCCGUUUCGCUUGCCUUGUACGGCCUCUAUCUCUUCUACUUUGCUACCCGAGAUUUGCUGACGCCCUUCGAUCCCGUCUUGAAGUUCUGCACCAUCAAGUCCGUCAUAUUCUUGUCCUUCUGGCAGGGCGUGGGUCUGGCCAUACUGGAAAAGGCGAAGGUCAUCUCGCCCAUUGUCGACAGUGCGGGCACUGUCACAUCGGCCGCUGGUACCGUCUCUGCGGGCUACCAGAACUUCUUCAUAUGCAUUGAAAUGCUGUUCGCAGCCAUAGCGCUGCGAUAUGCGUUCCCAUAUCAGGUCUAUGCUCGCAGCUGUAUUGGCGACGGCCAUGGACGUUCGGUGACCAUGCAGUCCAUUUCCAGCAGUCUAAAAGAAACCAUGAAUCCCAAGGAUAUUAUGACUGAUGCUAUACACAAUUUCCAUCCGCAAUACCAGCAAUACACGCAGUACAGUUCGGAAGUAACCUCAACUCAACGUUAUGAAAAGCUCUAAACAAGCAAAGUACAGACAGCACCAAGCAAGCUGCUACUAAACACUAAUUUUAAAUUCCAAAAAAACAAAACACGUAGAACCAAGAACGUAAAAUCGAAAUGCAUAAGUGUACUUAGUAGUGGGGCUAUCGAUUGCCCGAAUACCGCGGUUGCCUUUCAAUGUUGUACGUUAGACGCGAUACACUAAAAAAGAAAAGAACUACAGCUAUACAGCUAAAUACGUAUUGUAGAUGCAAAGUAGGAAGAGGCUUUCAUUUCAAUUAUCAACCAACUACUGUUUGCCGUUGAUUGGAAACUUCUCCGUACUUUGCAACUUCAUUUAGGGCUCUGCCAAGGUAGCACUCAAAACUCUUCAAAUUGUACUUAGAUCUUGGCAGGAGUAUGAGCUUAGCAGGAACUCACUCGAGCAAGAAACAUUCAGAAAUUUUCCAUACGUACUACACUUCUAUAUAUAUAUAUACAUAUACUUGAAUUUAAUUUCUAGUUCUGUUCCGCUCUUUUGUGUGUACAAUUUUUACGUUUAAGCAUUUUUUCAAAUUAUUUACAAGUUAGAACCUAUGCAUAAAAAUUUGCAAUUAUGUACUUAUAUAUAUAUAAAUAUAUAAAUAAUAUUGUACAAUAUUUUGUAUGUUCAAACAAAGAUUUUAUUAUAUACCUAUAUGUGUAACAUCCGUUUCUGUAUAAAAAAAGAUGAGAAUUGCAA